UCUCCCCAGAGGUACAGCAGGCGGCGGUAGGACCGCUCGGCUCCCCCGCCCGGCUCCUUUGUCCUGUCAGUCGGUGGUGCCGGUACCCAGAUCCGCCAGUCUCCCUGUGCCCCCGCAUCCGCAAUGGCACUGCCCCGCCUGUACCCGCUGCUCCUGCUGCCCCUCAUCGCCCCGGCAGCCCCCUCCUCCCUCACCGACACCCGGAGCUGCUCCAACACUGACCGGGAACUCCGGGAGAGAGGCCUGGGUGGGACAGCGGGGGUCCGGGCCCCCAUAUCGGGGGAGCACCUACGUAUCUGCCCCCAGGAGUACACCUGCUGCACCAGCGAGACCGAGAUCCGGCUGAGCGAGGAGAGUAUGCGCGACCUGGUUCGGAUUGUCAACGAGAGUCUCAGCUUCCCCUUGGGAGCAUUAACCUCCGGGAAAAAGAAGUUCCAUAAAUUUUUUCUUGCCCUCCUCGAUGCUGCCGAACACUCCCUCAACUCCAUGUUUGUGCUCUCCUACGGGCGCUUGUACUCCCAGAAUGCUGCUCUCUUCAGCACCCUGUUUUCCGAACUCCGGGCUUAUUACAUGGGGGGUGGGGCCUCCAGGGUGGCUGACGCUCUUUCUGAAUUUUGGGCGGGGCUUCUGGAACGCACGCUCCGCCUCCUCCUCCCACAGUACCAGCUCGGUGCAGACUACAUGGAGUGUGCGGCGCGUCGGGCAGAGGAGCUGAGGCCGUUUGGAGACUCCCCACGGCGGCUGAGGCUUCAGAUCACUCGAGCACUGGGGGCUGCAAGGACACUGGUGGAGGGGCUGGGGACAGGGAGCGAUAUUGUCAGCGGAGCCGCUAAGGCGGCACCGCCCCCCGACUGUCUCCGGGCUGUCAUGCGUAUGUGGUACUGCCCCCUGUGCCGGGGUCACACUAACCUGCACCCUUGCCAUGGCCUCUGUCUCAAUGUCUUGAAAGGGUGUCUUGCCUACCAGGCUGACAUGGACGACGACUGGAACAGUUUAAUAGAUGGCCUCCAGGAAGUAGCCGAGCGACUGGCGGGGUCCUUUAAUAUAGAGCUGGCUAUGGAAUCCAUUGCGGUGAAGAUAUCGGAGGCAAUCAUGUCCCUGCAGGAGGAGAGUGUGCAGCUCACCGCCCAGAUAUUUCAGACAUGUGGAACCCCACCCCCUGCCCGAAGCAGACGCUCACCGGGUGAGGACCCCAGGCAGAGGUUUCGUGCCUAUAACAAUGAUGAGAAGCCCACCUCAGCGGAUGGCACCAACAUAGACCGACUGGUUUCAGAAAUUGUGGGCAAGCUCCGCCCACUGCGAGGUCUCUGGAAGCUUCUUCCUCGCUCCCUCUGUUCUGAUAAUAGAGUUUCCGCUGGGCUCAGCAACCAAGAGAAGUGCUGGAAUGGGCAAAACCGCGGGAGGUACCUCCCCCAGGUGGCAGGAGAUGGGCUAAUCAAUCAGAUCAAUAACCCUGAGGUGGAACUGCAGAUGUCUCCAGCCGACCCCAGGACACGUAGUCUGGGCCCUCAGCUCCGCCUGGCAAGAAUGAAACUGCGGGCAGCGUACAGCGGGCACGACAGCGACACACAGGAUGUCUAUGAUGAUGAUGGCAGUGGUGGAUCUGGAGAUGGGGACAUUGCUACAGAUAAGCCAGUGACAAGGACCGUGGCCGGUGGGACCCAGCGCAAAGACCGCCCAGGGAAGAAUAAGAAGCAGAAUAACAGCGGAGGUGGGCGAGGAGGCAAAAGAGGUGGAAGUGGGUUCAGCAGUGCUGAAGGUCCUAUCACACCCAGUGGACUUGCUCUUACCCUGACUUUGCUUCUUGGGGCCCUGAUAAGGGUGUGACCUUGGAAUAGAGAAUGUAUAGUGUGUGCGUGUGUGUGUGUGUGCUUAAAGAGUACAGUGUACAAUCGCACUUGUCCCAGGGUUGAAGGACAGAGAUAUAUGUGGCAUUUGGGCAGGAUAAGGGGAGUGGUCUGGACGGAUAAAGGGUGUGGCCCAAAAUGUUCACAUUUUUAUGUUGGGAAUUCUCGGUAGAUACAGGUCACAUGGUACCGGUCUAUAUAACCUAAUUAGACAUAGUGGUUAGUGUCCCACCCUAAGAUAGACAGUAGUUCAUGGCUCAUUGUCUACACAGGGGAGCCUACUCUAUAGGGGACUGCCAAAUUAGUAGCCACAGCUGAGCCAUUGUCCGUGGCCUUCAGUGGAACUGCUGCAUCAACGUAUUACCAUCCCAGCUUGUUUCCUGUUGGUGCUUAAUGGGGAGCUACACCCACCCAAACAACUUUAUGUGAAAUUGCUCUUCUGAGCACUUUGGCCAUUUUGUUUUUAUGAAAUUAGCAGUUUAAGAUGUUACAAGGUGUACUUGGUCUCAAGAGUUAAUGUGCCUGGAAUGGCUCAACCCCACAAUAUCAGAUGUCCCAACAUGGCAGAUAGGGUAUUUCAGACCAUUCCCUUUCUUGUCAAGCCACGCCCUUUCUCAUCCACAACCCGCCCACUUUCUGGCAGCUGUAGGAGAGGAGCAAGCUCUUCCCUUAUCAGGUCAGCAGUUCAGAAAUGAAUGAGUGAGUGUGUGAGCGAAUGAAUGUGUGAUUGUCGUAUCUGUGUAUAUCUAUACACUGCCAAACACUUGUUUGUGUAUUAGCACAAUCUGUACCAGUGGCACGGCUUUGUGUUCCAGUAUGGGCUGAGUAGGUAGUUAGUAGCACAAUGUACAGCAGGGAUUGGUUAUCUUAGGGAAUUUUCGAUGUUGUAAUUCCCCAAACUGUUAAUGCCCCGUCUGGAACUUGAGGAUCUUGGUGGCCACGUCUACCUGCCAAGGUUCUAGGUGUGUCCAGUAGAGAACCUUUCAUUCACUAGUAUUAGUAGCAGCGUCGGGUGAAUGUGGGCCUUACUACUGCCGCUUCUCUCUGCCGGAUGGCAGUGGCGGGCCGGGCGCCAUUAACUAAAGUUGCAGUUUUUUAAAAAAAAAUGUUCUAAAUUUCUUCUUGUGUUUGAUAGAAACACUUGGCUGUCGAUCAUGGGGUUUUGUGUACCAUACGGUAGUUUUACGUAGAUCUUUAAUAUAAAAAAAAUUGGGAAAAAAACAAAAAAAAAAAGUUUUACUAAAUUGAAAUGCUGAUUUCUGGGAAUAUUAGUAAAGCAGGAAUGUUACACCUACUGCCCAUUAGAUGGAAGGUUUCCAGUUGGAGGAACUUAAGGUGGCCAUACAGGGGCCGUUUGUAGCUGCCGAUAUCAAUCCCUUAGACCGAUUGGGCAGCUUAUUGGCCCGUGUACGGGCAGGAACGAGGGGCAAUGCCCGACCGAUAUCUGGCCUGAAAUUGGGCAGAUAUCGAUCGGGCAGGUUAAAAGCUUAGGUCGGAUUGGGGACCACAUCGGCUCGUUGAUGCGUUCCCUGAACCGACUGUGCCAGCGGAUCUUAACGUGUAUGGGCACCUUUAGGCCAGACAAGAGAUCCAACCAGCCCAUGUCCAUAUAUUAGGGAUGCGCCCAAUCCAGGAUUGGGUAUUCGGCCAAGAUUCAGCCUUUUUCGGCAGCAAAUCCACUCUCCUGGUUGAACCGAAUCCGAAUCCUUGCGGCUUUUGGUCACGUAAACUCUUCCAUAGGUUUGGUAUUUGGCCGAAUAUCUUAGACCGAUUCGGCAGCUUAUCGGCCCGUGUAGGGGCACUAACGAUGGGCCUGUCCGACCGAUA